GGAUCUCGCAAAAGAAGGGUUGGUAUAUGUACGUAUCUUUCUUGAUGGCACUGUUGUCGAGUAUUUAAUAAAAAGAGAAACAAUGACCUUUUAAAAGUCAAAAGAAAUGAGAAAGGCCCAAAAGAGGAAAACAUGUUCAUGCCAUCUCAUUCUUACAUCACUGACAAUGACCCAUUUGGCCGAUUCCUCUAAAUAGAGUAUACUUCUUAAUCUGUUUUUAUUUUUUUAUUUUUUAUGUAUUAUACAAGUGAUAUUGAGGGGAUGAUGAUUCAAAUACAAGAUUUUGAGUGAAAAUGUAAUUAUUUUGAACCACUUGAAUUACAAACAGCUUGUUGUUUCUAAUCUAUUUUUGUUUCUUAUUUAAGGUCAUAAUUAAAAAACCAAUUUGUUUUAACCUUUUUCACAAGCAGUCCCAAUUUUUGUUUUAUAUAAACCUCCCAAACUCGCCCUACAAAUUCAAAUCAAACCCUAUCAUAUUGGCCUAUAGCAACCCUUUUGAUAAUUCAGAGUCUCAUAUUUCAUAAUUCAGCGAUGGCUCACCACCAAAACGGCCAAAACAACACCCCAAAUGGCUUUAACCAAUCCAAAGUUGUAGUGGUCAUGGUGCCCUUGCCAGCACAAGGCCACCUCAACCAACUCCUCCACUUCUCCCGCCUCGUCUCCGCCCAGGACAUCCCCGUCCACUUUGUGGGCUCCCCCACCCACAACCGCCAAGCCAAGCUCCGAGUCCACGGUUGGGAUCGAGCCUCGGUCUCCAACAACGUCCAAUUCCACGACUUCCAAAUCCCUCCUUUCCCCUCCCCUCCUCCCAACCCCAAUGCAACAAACAAGUUCCCCUCUCAUCUCCAACCCUCCUUCGAAGCCACCACCCAUCUCCGCCAGCCCGUGGCGGAUCUCCUACGCCAACUGUCACCCAAAGCAAGAAGAGUCAUCGUCAUCCAUGACUCCAUGAUGGCCUCAGUCAUCCAAGAUGUUGCUUCCAUACCAAAUGGAGAGUCGUACACUUUCCACACUGUGUCUGCCUUUGCGUUAUUUUUGUACCUGUGUGAAGCGAUCGGACGGCCAGCAAUGCUCGAGGCGCUACACGUUGAGAUCCCAGAUGACACCCCAUCUCUUGAAGACUGCUUCACCAAUGAGUUCUUGGAUUUCAUUGCUGCACAAUAUAAGUGCCAAAAGCUGAACAACGCAGGGAACAUUUACAACACUAGUAGGACUAUUGAAGGACCUUACAUGGAUUUUCUGAAUAUGAUUGGAGAUCACCAGAAGCAUUGGGCUCUUGGGCCAUUCAACCCAAGUACAAUAUUGAAAUCUGGUAAUUCAAAUGGUGGCAGGAGGCACAGGUGUUUGGAUUGGUUGGAUAAACAAGCACCAAACUCAGUGAUCUAUGUGUCUUUUGGAACAACCACAGCCAUGAAAGAUGAGCAAAUUGCAGAGCUGGCAAUUGGGUUGGAGCAAAGCAACCAAAAGUUCAUUUGGGUACUGAGGGAUGCUGAUAAAGGUGACCUUUUCAGCAAUGAAGAGGAGAGAAGAGCUGAGCUGCCACAAGGGUAUGAAGAAAGAGUCAAAGGAAGGGGAUUGGUGGUGAGAGAUUGGGCCCCACAGUUGGAAAUCCUGGCCCACAAAUCAACUGGAAUGUUUGUGAGCCACUGUGGCUGGAACUCAUGCAUGGAGAGCAUCACCAUGGGGGUGCCCAUAGCUGCUUGGCCAAUGCACUCAGACCAACCGAGGAACACAGUUUUGAUCACAAGGCUGCUUAGGGUUGGUGUUGUGAUGAGGGAUUGGGCCCACAGGGAUGAGAUUUUGACAUCACUGAGUGUCAAAAAUGGUGUGGAGAAAUUUAUGGGAUCUAAAGAAGGGAAUGAGAUUAGGAAGAGGGCAGCAGAUUUGGGUGCUGCCGUCCGGCGGUCCAUGGUUGCAGGUGGAGCUUCUCACAUGGAAUUUUCUUCUUUCAUUGAUCAUAUCACCAGAUACUAGUUAAGCAAGUUAAUCUUUUCUUUUUUUUCCUGUAAAAUGGAAUUACUCUGGAGCUUCGUAGUCCUGGUAUUAUAAGAAUCCGAUUUUCACCCUC